UGCAACCGGGGCUCGUGCCAUUCCAAUUGUAAUUCCAGUGUCCCGCGGCCCACGCUAUUAAAUAGAACCUCGCGUAUAAAUCCAUCGAUCGAAGGAAAAAGAGGAGUUAGGAUUGAAAUGGUUAAUCGCAUUGAGCGCUGGAACAGAGAGGAAGAGAAAUAGGAGUCGCAGUCGGAGUCAGAGUGUGAGAGUCACCUUUGAAUCAUUGCAAUUUAUGCGGCAUUAAUUUUGAACCUCUCCUCUUAUACACCUUGCUUCAAAUUCAAUUCUCAAUUCUCAAUUCUCAAUUCUCAAUUCUCAAUUCUCGAGGACGUGCCCCAACCCAACCCAACCCACGCACGCUUUCUCUUUUCUCAUUCUCCCAUGGCCUCGUCUCUGCGAAUUGCUUGCGCCGGAAACAACCCCAAUCUCCGACUCAAGAAUCUUCUCUGCGGAGGGAAGGCCCCGCCGGCCUGCUCCCUCGCCAUGCCCAGUAAGAGGAGGAUCUCGGCGGCCACGCGCACCGGACUCGAUUUGUACGGAGCCAAGGACGCCGUGGAGGGGCAGGAGAGGCUGGACCGCUGGAUGAGAGAGUCGGUGGUGGAGAUUGUCAAGAGCUUAAGGGAGGCGCCGCUGCUGGUGCAGGUUCACGCCGGAGCCCCCUCUCUCACCACGGACAAGAAGGUGGUGGUGGAGGAUUGGGAGGCCGUGAAGGAGAGGUGGGAGAGCGGAGACUCGCCGCUGCCGGAGGGGGUGAUAUUCGUGGAGGAGUUGGACGGCGAGGCGGCGGAGGAGGACGGAGGAGAGAGGACGACGAAGGCGUGGGGGAUUGUGGUUCAGGGGAAGGGCGUCGGGUGUGGGCCUGUUUGUUAUCUCUUGAAAACGAGCCGGGUCGGGUCGGGUCCCGGUCCUGGAAUGGGUGUUUGUUCGACCCAUUUUUGCUUAAUGAAGGUGAAGAAUUUUAGGGAGACGGUGCAGUCGCAGUUGAAGAAUGUGUGGCUGUUGCAAAGCCAGUGCCAGUGGCAGCAGUGAAUGGGGUCUAUCUAACUGUACAGUUUUCAUUCAAUAAUUUUUUAGCCACGGUUGUUGCAACCCCCCAUGCCAUUAUAGAUUAUACAGGAUCGACUGUGGAUCUGUACAGAUUGAUUGAAUACCUUUUUGGGAACUUAAUUAUUCCUCAAAUACUAGUUUUUGUUAUUAUGGAUUGAUUCCAUCAAAGGCUUCCCCUUUUCUAGGGGCUUUCUUUCUUGUUUCUUCACUUCAAGGCCUUCUUAUUAUAUCUAUAUUUUAUUUUAUUAAUCAUUA